AUGUCUGGCAAUAGUAAAUCGAGUGACAAAAGUACUAGCAGAAAGGAAAACAUUCAUAUCCCGAGAUAUAUAAAGAAUCAGCCGUGGUUUUACAAAGACGGCGAGUCGCAAAAUAAUACAGAAGAGGACAAUGACUAUCUGAUUCAUCAUAGACAAUCAAAGAAGGACGAUACGCUCGAUAUAGACAAUAAUUCCGAGCCGAAGGUUGGAUCAGGUAUCACUGACGAAUUUGAAACUGUACGCGUGCUCCAGAGGAGAAACGGAAAGCAAGCACAGUGCACAAAUUGUGGAGCAUCAGAUCAUAAGAGGAUAGAUUGCUUGGAGAGGCCUAGAAAAGUAUCGAAGAGAGAGGACUUUGAGUCAGUCAUUUCUGUAAGGAAAGACCCUACUGAAAGAGCCAACUGGGAUGCAAGAAAGGAUAGGUGGUAUGGUUAUUCAGGUGAAGAGUACGAUAAAUUGAUCAAAAGCUGGGAAAAGAAAAAUCAAGGAAGCAAGAAUCCAAAGAGUGACACAGUAGUACAGGAUGCACUUUGGGAUACUGAUGAAGAGAUUGAGCUGACCAAGUUAGGACUUUAUAAGGAUUCUACAGGGAUGCUGAAACAGGACGAUGCUACGAAUUCAAAGCUUCAAAGAGCCUCUGUUAGACUAAGGGAAGAUCGUGCCGCAUACUUGAAUGAUGUUAAAUCAAGCGAAAUUAAUUAUGAUCCAAAGUCAAGAUUGUACAAGAGCGAAGCUUUGGGUGCAACAGACGAGAAAUCAAGAAUGUUUCGCAGGCACCUCACUGGGGAAGCUUUGGAACUUAACGAAUUGAACAAAUUCAGUAGAGAGCAUGCAAAGAAACUGGGAAUUAAAGAUGAAGUUGAAAAUGAAUCUAGAGUUAACCACGUAUUAGUUGCGAACCCAACGAAGUAUGAGCAUAUGAUGAGAGAGCAAAAAUCACAGCAAGCGAAACCGACUGAUUCUGCAAAACUUGAGGCGAAGAGAUCAAAAGGUACCGCUCAAACGGAAAAGACAAAGAAGAAACUAAGAGACCUCUAUGGAUGA